UGACCACAGUGAACUGAAUCACAUGCAGCUGACUGUUUCCUUGUUUGUAUCACUAUGGCUUUUCAAACGUUGCUCCUGUGUAAAGUGAGCUUGUUUUUGCUGCUGAGUCUCUUUGCUGUGGGACAGGGCCAGUCCAAGCUGUACAAGGGCUUCACAAAGUUCAGUCAGGUGCAGGACCACAAGCAGGGGGCUCUGUUUGAGGAGCAGUGGUUCACACAGAAGCUGGACCACUUCAACGGUGCCGACAGCAGAGUGUGGAAGCAAAGAUACUUUGUGAAUGAUGCCUUCUACAAAUCCGGCGGUCCAGUGUUUCUGAUGAUAGGGGGCGAGGGCCCAGCAAACCCAGCAUGGAUGCAGAAUGGCACCUGGCUCACCUACGCUGAGAAACUGGGAGCACUCUGCUUGUUGCUGGAGCAUCGCUUCUAUGGAAAGAGCCACCCGACAGCGGACCUCAGCACAGAAAACCUGCGUUUCCUCAGCAGCCGCCAGGCGCUGGCCGACCUGGCCCACUUCCGCACAGUGACAGCCGAGGCCCAAGGGCUGACCAACAGGAAGUGGGUGGCGUUUGGCGGGUCGUACCCAGGUUCUCUAGCUGCUUGGUUCAGGCUGAAGUACCCUCACCUGGUCCACGCCUCUGUGGCCACCAGUGCACCUGUUCAUGCUACCGUCAACUUCCCAGAGUACUUGGAGGUUGUGUGGCGUUCGCUGGCCUCAGAGAACGCAGAGUGCCCUGUGCUGGUGAAAAAAGCUUCAGAUGUCCUCGUGGAACGCCUGAAAGACCCCAAAACCUACGACAACAUCACCAAAGACUUCAACCUGUGUUCCAAACUGCAGAUCCAGACGGAGAUGGACUCGGCCUACUUCCUGGAGACGCUGGCUGGCAGCUUCAUGGACGUGGUCCAGUACAAUGAAGACAACCGCGGGUUUGAGGGUGUGACGGGCACCAACAUCACGAUCAAGGUGCUGUGUGGUGUGAUGAGCGACUCUUCACUCGGAGACCCUUACGCCCGAUAUGUCGCCGUGGCCCGCCUCAUGAUGGACACCUUCUCUACUAAAUGCCUGGACGCCAGCUUCAGCAACUACAUCAGAGACAUGACUAACACAUCCUGGGAUGGGCCGGCUGCAGGGGGAGGGAGACAGUGGGUCUACCAGACCUGCAGUGAAUUUGGAUUUUACCAGAGCACCGAUUCACCCAACCAGCCGUUCUCUGGCUUCCCUCUUGCGUAUCAGGUGAAACAGUGUGCAGACUUCUACAACAUCAGCGCAGAGCAGGUGGCGGAGGCCGUCGUCCAGACUAAUGAGAACUACGGCGGCUAUGACAUCCGCUCCAGCAGGAUAGUUUUCCCCAACGGCUCCAUUGACCCCUGGCACGCCUUGGGGAUCACCCAGGACGUCGCUCCCGACCUGCCUGCUGUUUUCAUCAAAGGAACAGCUCACUGUGCCAACAUGUACCCGGCCAGGAGCCAAGAUCUCACACAGCUGUCUCUGGCCCGCGAUCACAUCUACGUUCUCCUCCAGCAGUGGCUGAAGCAGUAACUUGUAGUUAAGAAAUUCAAUCAGUGACUUUGCAAAGCAAAAAAAAAAUCAUUCUGGAUGACUGACGCUAGAACAAGACUGCUUGUUUUGCUGCCAAAUUUAUCACUGCCUUGAAAUGACACGUUGCACAAGCAUCUGUAGGUACAAAAUUCAGGUAUUUUAAAGGGAAUGUAUUGAGCUUUUCCUGAUUUUCUGCCGUGUAUAUAAUGUUGGAUGUUGAUAUUAAAUGAGCUGAAAGGUU